AACUUAGUAUAUUCGUCGCUUCCAUAAAAUGCGUUGAGUGCGGGUUAAUUGUGCCGGUGGUUAUGUCGUAAACUUGGUCUUGUACACUUCGGUGUGAAUUUUAGUUAUGCUCCUGUUUGGAAUAUUCUUGAUUGUGGAAGCUGGUUUUGCGUACGACUGGAAUACAUCACGUCUUCAAAUUCCACCCUGGAAUAUAACGAACUGCACUUGGAAUGAAAACCAAAGUGAGAAAUGUGGCCAGGAUAUUCAAACUUCUGACAUGACCCCUUUUGAGACUUGUAAUAGUCCGGACAAUUGCACGAUUAAUGUGGCCGUUAUAUUACCAGAAGAAGACGAACAGGGAUACUUGGUUAACAUACAAGAGGUAAACGAUACUUUGAAUCAGCUUAAACAAGAUGGAAAUUUGACAUUUAACUUUACGUCGCAAUUUUAUAACGAUGAGUGUAAACAAGAAUACGCCACGGUGCAUUUAAUUCCCGCUAGUAACAACCAUGCUCAUGUUAUCUUUGGCCCGAUUUGCGAUUACUGCUUAGCCAGUGUUUCUCGAGUUGCCAAAUAUAUCGGUUAUUAUGGAAUGCCGGUUAUUACACCCGGAGGAUUCACUUUUGCAUUUUCUCAAGAAAAAACUAAAUGUUCGGAUGAAUAUUACAUGACUAUCAACUCAGGUCCCACGGACUUUAGAUCUUUCGGUGAAUUUUUUGCGUUAAUGAUGCAUAGGUAUAAAUGGAAAAAAAUCGCUCUCAUGUAUGAAAAAGAUCAACAAAUUGAACUCGGCGGUGAAAACACUUGUAAAUUUAUAAUGGAGAGCAUUAUCGAAGAAGUGAAAUCUGUAGAGAACCUCGACUUUCAAGAUGGAGAUUUGGUGUUGUUACAGCUAAGUUACCAUUACUACUUGGAACAAAUUGUAGGAGUUAAUUAUGGCAUAAUUCUUGCAUGUACCAGUCAUGACAAAAUCCGCGAAUUUGCGAUAGAAGCCUACAAGAUGAACAUGAUGGAAAGCGGAGAAUACACCAUCUUCAAUUUCGAAACGUACAACAACAGUCCAGAUCCUUCGCGACCCUGGCAUGAGGAAAGUGACACAAAGGAGAGAAACGAAAUGGCAAGAAAAGCGUUUCGGUCAAUAUUUACAUUUACACCUUAUGACGAAGCCAAUUUCGCAAGUGUUGGAAAACAACAACAAAGAGGUUCAAUUUAUCUUGAUGGUUUGUAUGAUGGAAUGUUGCUUUAUGCAGCAGCCAUCAAUAAAGCGCUCAACGAAUCCAAUGGGAAAACGCCAAAGGGGUACGACAUAGUUCGGAAUAUGAUGGGAACGACGUUCGAAGGGAAAAACGGACAAAUUACUAUGAAUUGUAACGGACAAAGAGUGGCGAAGUAUGUGAUGCUUCAGUUGAACUCUUCGAACCAGUACGAAAUAGCUGCUGAAUAUACCAAUGAAAUUAAAAAUAUCACUACGUGGAACGUGCAGUGGCUAAAUGAGGAUCCGCUGGAUACGCCUACGUGUGGCUACGACAUGUCAUUGUGUCCGCCCCUGGAUACGGAAAAAAUCUUGCUUAUUAGUCUGAUUUUGGUGUUGUGCCUGGGUAUAUUGAUCGUUGGAACAAUUCUAUAUAGGCAUUUCAAGCUCAAGAGAGCUAUUUAUUCCAUGGCGUGGAAAGUCAAUUAUGACGACAUCGUGCUUCUGCCGAUUAAACCGAGAAGUAGUUUUCAAUCAACGUCUUCUCUUCGAAGGGGAAGCCAGCUUACCGAAUUUGAGGGCAUGGAUGGUAUGAGUGUAGCGGGCGAUCGGCAAUUGUACACAACUGUGGGCUUCUACAAGGCUAUCAGGGUGGCAGUCAAGUAUCUGCAGGAAGUGAAGUUCGAACUAACCCGCGAACAGUUGAUAGAACUGAAAGUAAUGAAAGACUUGUCCCAUGACAAUUUAGUGAAGUUUUAUGGCGCUUGUUUAGACAUUCCGAAUUGUAUUUUAAGUGAAUAUUGUCCGAAAGGUAGUUUGCAAGAUAUUUUAGAAAACGAAAAUGUACAAAUUGACACCACUUUCAAAAUGUCCCUAAUUAUGGAUAUCGUUCGUGGUAUGAAUUACUUACAUAACUCAGUGAUAAAAUCUCAUGGUGCUUUAAAGUCGACAAACUGUUUAGUGGAUAGUAGAUUCGUGUUGAAAAUCACAGAUUUUGGACUGCAUUUUUUAAGAAAACACUCAAAUGAUAGCGACGAGACCGAAGAGGCGCACAGCUUUUGGGAACGACAGCUUUGGACAGCGCCGGAAAUUCUUAGAUUCGAGAACGCACCUCCCGAAGGAACACAAAAAGGAGAUAUGUACUCAUUCGCCAUCAUCAUGCAUGAAAUUAUUGCGCGUCAAGGAGUUUUCCAUUUGGACGAAUUCAAAACAGCUAAAGAAAAAGUCGACGCUGUUCGUAAGGGACCAGACGCGAACGGGGGCCAACCACUGCGACCAUCUUUGGGGGAAGCGAUAUGCGAGGAGGAAGUCGCUUUGAUGAUGAAAAAGUGUUGGUCUGAAGACGCUGCCGACAGGCCUGAUUUUUCGUCGGUGAAAAGCAGAUUGAAGCAUAUAAAUAAAGAGAGCGACGGAAAUCUGCUUGACAACCUCCUGGUGCGGAUGGAGCAGUACGCAAAUAAUUUGGAGUCGUUGGUGGAAGAAAGAACAGCCGAUUAUUUAGAAGAGAAGCGUAGGUGCGAAGAUUUGCUCUAUCAGUUGCUGCCGAAGAGCGUCGCUCAGCAGUUAAUCACCGGAGAAUCCGUCAUUGCAGAAACUUUCGAAUAUGUUACCAUACACUUUAGCGACAUCCAGGGUUUUACGAGUCUUUGCGCUGAAAGUACACCGCUAGAGGUGGUAGAUUUCUUGAAUGAGCUCUAUACUUGCUUCGAUUCCAUUAUAGGGAACUUCGAUGUUUAUAAAGUUGAAACUAUAGGAGAUUCUUACAUGGUGGUGUCGGGACUGCCCGUCCGGAACGGCAACAACCACGCAAGGGAGAUAGCGAGAAUGUCGCUGGCUCUACUCGAGGCGGUUAAAACUUUCAAAAUCAAACAUAAGCCGCACACGUGCUUGAAACUGAGAAUAGGAAUACACACUGGACCUUGUGUUGCUGGGGUUGUCGGCUUAAAAAUGCCGAGAUAUUGUCUUUUUGGAGAUACCGUCAACACAGCAUCGCGAAUGGAGACAAACGGGCUCCCGCUAAGAAUACACAUAAGUCCUGCUACUAAGGAAUUCCUGGAAAUGUUUGGAACGUUUGAUAUAGAGCGGCGGGGCGAGGUUGUUUUAAAGGGAAAAGGUCCGAUGGUCACUUAUUGGCUAAAUGGCGAAUUUGAAAACAAAAACACUACCCAGUCACCCGUUCCCGAUUUAAAACCCGCUAAACCUCCAAGCACUCCUGUACCCAACAGCGUAAGAAAACAGAUGGCGAAUAACGGCAAAGCUUUAAACGAAGUGAAUUUUCAAGAACAUCAGAUUGAUGAAACCGAGGUACCAUUACUUUCCAUAACGUCACCCCCAGAGUACAAUUCGAAUGCGUGAACAAUCCUCCUGCUAAAUUAAGGUGAAGUGGAUCAUUUUAUUGUAUACGGCAGGAUUAUUAAACAGUAUUGAACCAAAACCUAAUUAACGUUAGGUUCAGAUUUGUGAUUCAGUUUCCUCUAUUUUCAUAUAUGUUAUUUAUGGUUAUUUUAAUUAUUGUUCUAAAUAUAAAUUUUUAAAACGAA